AUGGAUACAUCAGUCUUUAAAGCACCUAUUCCUACCUACGAAGAAUUGUGCUGUAAAUCCGAACUCUACAGAACCAUGAGUUAUCCACCUAGCAACCAACACCACCACAUCAAUAUCCAUGUUCCCCGCGCCCACUCAAAAAGAGGUGCUCCCCUCGAUCCAGACGAUCUCUCCCGCCGUCUCAGAGCCCAUAUUUCCCAGCAAAAAGCAUUUGCUGAACAGCGCCGCGCAGUUAGAGUCUCAAUGGCAACAGGCGUCUACCACCAUGUCCCGCAAGUCGCCGCCCAGUCCUUCGAGCACACGGCUACACAGGAAAAGCUCCAUCAGGUGCACAAAUUAUCCGAGCCGGCGCUGAAGAAUCUAGGAUAUUUGACUGCUGAUGAAGGAGCGACGGAAAUCGGAUCUGGCUAUGUAUACCAGAAACCCACGACGGCCUUACAAAAAGCGCAAGUGAUGGACCAUGCGACGGCGGAAAAGACCAAGACGAGGAAUAGAAAUCAAUAUCAAUGGACGACGGCACUUGAACGCGCUGCGGAAUUGGAUGCCGAGAGAGAUAUGUAUAGAUGUCCUCGACGGACGUUUAAUUCAGAUGUACCACUUUUGCAUAAGAGUAGAGCUGUGAUGAGACCAAUGAGUAUGGGGGAUUUCUUACCGUGGGAAGAAAAGGAGGAGCCAAAGGAGGCGAAGAGGGAGAGGAAUGAUCGCCAUGAUUGGACGCAGCGGGAUGAGAGCGAGGAGACGAGGCGAUCGAUGAAGGAUAUGGUGGGUCCGCUAUUGUCAUUGAAACUUAGGAGAGGAAAAGUACUUGACGGGUCGGGGGAAGUGAUAAAGUUCAAGUCACCUGUGAGGUCACCAAUAAGGGUGAGCUUCUUUGGUAUGUUCAAACGUAAUCCUAGUAAUGGUAGUUGA